UAAACCAGUGGUGCCAUCAUCAUCAGACUUCCUCUUGCACAAAAUCAAUUAACUUUAGAUUUUUCGUUACUGGUUGGCACAAAAUCAUUAAACGUCAAUUUCGUAUGAAGUAUGGGCUGCGCAAUAUCGGGUCUGGAAGCUAAAGGAGAGUUUGGAGAGAGGACCACAGAGGAUGCUGCUGCGACUCCCAGCGAGCCUCAGAUUCAGAUGAUCAAGGAGUCCUGGAAAGUUAUCCGGGACGAUAUAGCCAAAGUUGGGAUUAUCAUGUUCGUCAGGUUGUUUGAGACCCACCCCGAAUGCAAGGACGUCUUCUUCCUGUUCCGAGAUGUGGAGGACCUGGAGAGGCUGCGGACCAGCCGGGAGCUGAGGGCGCACGGCCUGAGGGUGAUGUCUUUUAUCGAGAAAAGUGUGGCGAGACUGGACCAACUGGAGAGACUGGAAGCUCUGGCUCUGGAGCUGGGGAAAAGCCAUUAUCACUACAACGCCCCUCCCAAGUACUACAGUUACGUCGGCGCUGAAUUCAUCUGCGCCGUGCGGCCCAUCCUGAAGGAGAAGUGGACGUCUGAGCUGGAGGAGGCCUGGAAGACCCUGUUCCAGUUUGUGACGGGCCUCAUGAAGCGGGGGUACGAGGAGGAGGGUGACCGGCAGCGGGAGCUCGCAGCCUCCCCGAAGGAGAGACCGGACAAGAGGAACACAGCGAUAUGAGACUGGGACUCUUUAAACCAGCACAGUGUUCAUGUAUAAUAGUGUAUUUACUGUGUCUUUUCUACAACGCUUAAUGUUAACCGUGAUCAUUGUUUGCUAUCUUCUCACUAUGGACACAAAAAAGAACUUGCAGUGGCUUUCAACAACGCACUUUAUUUCUGAACUUAGAUUCUGCUGCUGUCCUCUUUAAUGAGGACCUGGAGCACAGAGACAAUUCAAAUGACUGAGAAAAUAUACCGGCCAUAGUUUAAACCUGCCUUGUAAUUAACUGAAAUGACAUUAUUAAAA